AUGUCAGAAAUUCGACCACAGAUAAUGCUUUUCCGAGCAGCUCGACGAUAUGUAUCGACCUCUAGAGGCCCAAGAGGUCCCCGGAGCAUCCUCAAUAAGGUACGCACGCCAUCUCGCGUCACACAUCGCCCAUCGAGAGCGUCUCCAUUGUCCGCAAACACCCGCCACCAGUCUUCGCAGCAGCCGAACCAGCAGAAUCAAUCGAACAAGCCAGACGAGAAACCCGAACACACUCCAGAAGAGCCGUCCAAGAACGCCCUUGUGGCUACCGCACUUGCCGAGAACCAAUCCUCUGACCUCGUCGCACCUGUGACAAUCCCCGACGACCCGAAUGGCGUACUCACACCGAGCCAUCCAGCAUGGCAUUUGCUUAACAACAGUUCGCUGGUCAUCCAACGACAGAUCGAGAUGAUGAACGUCUUUCUUGGAUUCGAACAAGCCAACAGAUACGUCAUUAUGAACGGCAGAGGAGAAACAAUCGGAUACAUGGCCGAGCAGGACCACGGUAUGGGUAGCAUGCUGGUACGACAGAUGGCAAAGACUCACCGCAGUUUCACUUGCCACAUCUUUGACAACAGCGAGCGAGAGAUUUUGCGUAUCCAUCGACCUUUCUCUUGGAUCUCGUCACGCAUCCGUAUCUACGACCCGACUACCCCAGGCGAAUACACCACGUCAGACACAUUGCAAGGCACCUCUGUCCAAUCAACCAUCAACCAAACUUCCGCAGCACAAGUAUCUCCCNUCCCUCUGACAGACAUGCGCAUCAUCGGCGAAGCACAACAACAAUGGGCACCCCUUCGCCGAAAAUACAAUCUCUUCAACCACCGCUCCAUCGCCCCCGCAAACGACAUCGCACCAAAGCUCACCUCUGGAGAUACCCCCAAUACCUCAGCCAAAGCCCUGACAGUCACAGAAGGCAACUCAGAACAAGCCAUUGAAGCCGGCAUGCAGCAAUUCGCCUACGUCAACGAACCCUUCCUCUCCUGGGACUUUUCCCUCAAAGACGCAGAUGACCGCAAGAUUGGCAGUGUAAAUCGCAAUUUUGUUGGGUUUGCGCGAGAGAUCUUUACGGAUACUGGUGUUUAUGCUUUGCGUAUGGAUUCUGCUGCUGAGGAGCAAGCGAGUCAGGAGCAAAUGGCAAUGACAUUGGACCAGAGGGCUGUCAUGCUUGCUACUGCUGUCAGCAUUGACUUUGACUAUUUCUCUCGGCAUAGUGGAGUUGGUGGCGGAGGUUUUGGAUUCUUCCCCAUGUGGUUCCCUGGUAUGGGCGGCGGUGCUGCUGAGGGAGGGGCCGUGGGUGGAGCAGUUGGCGGAGCAGCCGGUGAAGUUGGAGCUGCAGAAGGGGCUGCAGGUGCUAUGGGCGGUGCCGCAAGAGGUGCUACAGGCACAGAAGGCGCUAUCGGAGCUGCAGGCACCAUGGCUGGAGUGGAAGCCAUGAACCGCGGCGGCUGGGGCAACCAACAAGUCGACGAUGCUAGUCCACAAGCACCUGUAGACCCAUAUCAAAACGACAGUAAUGUUGGCCCAUCACAAGGAGAUACCUGGGGCGAGCAAAGUCCCUGGGCUCAACAACCACAGCAACCACAAGAUGAUCCUUGGGGCAACCAAGGAGGAGGUUCAGACGGUGGUGAUGGAGGAGGCGAUGGUUUCGACUUUGACGAUUUCUUCUAG